GAGAUGCGUCCAUGUACAGUUGCAAACAGCUAGGUGGAUAUCCUACUCUCCUACAGUGUUGGAUUCACGAGUAUUUUCCAACUGUUGGAAAAAGAGGGGAGAAUUGGAAUCCUGCUGGAAACUGUGGUCUUCCCCGAGCGAUGAGAUGGUCAUAUAGACAGGGAGUCCUGAAGGUCGAUGAUUUACGACCUAUUUUGGACGAGCUGACACCUACCGACGUCAUCUGGCGACCAUUUGAGGAUCAUAGAGCAUGGCGUGUAUUUGAUGAGAUAUGUCUUUACAGGGGCUGUUUGAAGUGGGGUGAAACAGUUGUUCCAUACUUGCCUGAUAGAUGUUUACGUCAGUUCGGGUAUAGACAGUAUGUUCCAUCCCCACCUCUGGAUUGUAUGAUGGCGACGGAUAUUGAUGUUGAUUGGAUCAGUUACCAUCAGAGUGUUGUCGAUGUGAUCGGUUCAUCUUCCGUGGCCACCACUCCAUCUGAGGUAGUAGACGGUUAUCUGGAGUGGUAUUAUCGUGUUUCCCAUCCACGGUUGGUCCCUCCCCAUCGUGACGCUCCUAGAGAGGUACCCGUUCCUGUAUAUGACGCCGGGCCAUCUGAUCCUGAUUGGGCUCGUGUAUCUACAUUGAUUCGUCGCUAUCUGAGACAGGUUAAUGCUGAAGAGGAAGAUCCACAGUUUUCUGAUUUAUUUGAAGCUUUGCAUAUUUCUCGUUCACAUUGAUUAUAUGUAUUAAGCUUUGAAUAUAAUAGACAUAAUAAUAUAGAUUUCAUGUUUUGAUUACA